AGACUUUUGAUGUCAUUGAAGAUUCACAGAUCUGCCUUUAUCGUCCUCAAACAAUGAAGCUGCUGCUGCUGCUCUGUUUCCUCCUGAAAGUGGACCCGGCCUUAGGUUACCGCACUCCUCUGAAUGACUUCCAGCGCUCCGAGGGCAGAGAGCUGGUCCCCACCUCCUGGAACUCUGGUCGGGUCCAGCUCUUACCGGGUCUGACCCUGGAGGACUGCGCCAACCGCUGCUCACAGUCUCUGGACUGCAGAGCGUUCAACUACGAGACCCGUCCGGCAGUGACCUGUAAGCACCUGCCCUGGGUGGGAGACGGGAGUAACGCCGAGGUGCAGAGAAACGUGAAUUGUGACGUUUAUGAGAAGAAGGUCUAUGUCAGGAAGUGCAUUGUUGAUAAAGGACAAGACUACAGAGGGAAAGUGUUCACCACAAGAAGCGGGCUCACCUGCCAGCAGUGGUGGUCCAAGUUUCCCCACGAUCACAGGUGGACUCCCACAGCUGCUAAUGGUCUGGAGUUAAACUACUGCAGGAAUCCAGACGGGGAUCGAAUUGGUCCGUGGUGCUACACCACAGACCCCGAGAGACGAUAUGAGAGCUGCAACAUCCCCCAGUGCAAAGAUGAGGUGUGUAUCACAUGUAACGGGGAGGACUACAGAGGGCAGGUGGACCACACUGUGAGCAACAGAGAGUGUCAGAGAUGGGACCAGCAGUACCCGCACCAACACAUCUACCAGCCUGAGAAAUAUCCUGAUAAGAGUUUGGACGAUAACUACUGCCGUAACCCUGACGCGUCUCCCGUGCCGUGGUGUUACACCACAGACACAGAGGUGGAGAGAGAGAACUGUGACAUCAGAAAGUGCACUGAGGUGCGGGUGGAGAAACGUCUGCGCUCCAGCUUCACCACUAACUGUUUUCGCGGCCGUGGGGAGGAUUACCGGGGUAAAGUCAAUGAGACGACAUCAGGUAUCCCCUGUCAGCAAUGGGUCGCACAACACCCACAUGAGCAUCCCUUCUACCCAAACACAUACGAAUGCAAAGGUUUGGAGGAGAACUACUGUCGUAACCCAGAUGGGUCGGAGGCUCCCUGGUGCUUCACAUCUGUGCCUGAGAUGAGGACGGCUCUCUGCUUACAGAUCAAACGCUGUGCAGACGACAUCGAGGCUGAAGAUUGCUACCAUGAGAAUGGAAAAAACUACAGAGGCAUGGUCCGCAAAACUCGUAAGGGGAUCACCUGCCAGAAAUGGAACGUUAACACACCUCAUCGGACCAGGAUUAACCCAAGGACUCAUCCCGAGGCCAAUCUGACGGAGAACUAUUGUCGUAACCCUGACGGGGAUCAGCACGGACCCUGGUGCUACACCACAGACCCCAAGACUGAGUUUGACUACUGUGCCAUCAAACAGUGUGCUGGAGAGAGAGUGCCCCCGAUUGAACCAGCAGGGAACCCGGUGUUCAGUGAGUGUGGGAAGCGAGAAGAUCGUUUCCAGAGGUCGUGGUUACGGAUCGUGAAUGGGGUUCCUGGAAACUCACCAUGGACAGUUAGUCUUAGAGACAGGAAAGGAAACCAUUUCUGUGGAGGAUCCAUGGUGAACCCCAGAUGGGUGAUCAGCACCAAGCAAUGUUUUUCCUCCUGCUAUGUGGAUCUGCCUGGGUACACAGCCAUGAUGGGUACACUGUAUCGUGAUCCACAGGAAGAUGAGCCUGGGGUGCAAACCAUCCCUCUCACCAAGAUCGUCUGUGGACCCUCAGAGUCUCAGCUGGUCAUGCUGCAACUUGAACACCCGGCCCAGUUUAAUGAGCGUAUCUCUCAGAUCUGCCUCCCUCCUGAGCGCUACAUCGUGGCUGAGGGGACGUCCUGUGAGAUCGCAGGAUGGGGUGAGACCAGAGGGACUGGAGAUGAGACUGUCCUCAACGUGGCCCAGAUUCCCGUUCUUAGUAACAGGGAAUGCAACAAGUACUUCCGAGGGCGUGUUCGUGAAAAUGAGAUGUGCACCAGCUCUUUCCAGGGGGGAGUGGGCGCAUGUGAAAGAGACUACGGCGGCCCUCUGGCCUGUAAGAACAGGGACUGCUGGGUACUCGAGGGUGUGAUCAUCCCCAUGAGGCGCUGCGGACACCCGGGUCAGCCCAACAUCUUCAUCCGUGUGUCUGUCUACGUGGACUGGAUCAAGAAGGUCAUGGAGAUGGCUUAGAGACGGAGUCUGCUAUCCAAAAUGGACUGAACCAAUCUUUUCUUAAAGCCCUCAAGACCAGUUGUUCACUUAAUUAUGUACAUGUUUGUCUCCGCUGAUGUCUCUUUUACAUUAAAAACAUAAAUAAUGCAUCAAAAUGUAUAACCAGAAUUUGUUAUAUGGGUUGCAGCAUUUCUAUAAAAAAAGACUCAGUCAAUGAGAAAACACAGAAAGCUAUUUUAUUUCUUACAAGGUAUUGCCUUAAAAUAAUUUGUAUGUGCUAUUAUUUUCAAUGACCUUAUAAGGCCAGAGGAAAUAGCUUUGACUACAUCAGUAAAGCUUUUUAAUAUCAUGUUUUACGUGUUGCAAUCAUCAAAAAUUUUGCAAACAGAUUGAGUAAAAAGCAUUAACAUUAGGAAAAGAUAAUGGCAUGUGUUAAGCUGUAAAACAGUGCAGAGAAGAUUUACCAUGAAAGUGUAAAUAAAGUUUUAUGAAUGUUUGGGUAAACUUUCCCCCAAAUAAUCCUUUAUAAGCGGUAUAAAAACAUUUAACACGAUGGUGGUGCUUAACACAUCAAAUAAAAUAUAUUGUGUUCCACAACAUGCAAUAUUUGCAGAUAAGAACGAGAACAUAUUAAUAUUAAUUCUAUUAGUACUUCCAAGAGAGAGAGAGGGAGAGAGAGACUCAAUUUUCAUUAUUUAUUACAAGAAACUAAAAGGCUGCAGAGAUAAAGUCUUAUUGUCGCCCUUCAGGUUCAAUGUAGAUGUGCUUAAGCUUUGUAACUUCCAGUAACAUCGGAGGUGUGGGGGGCUUUCAAGCACACUUUUUAAGUUCCUAACAUCCCCUGGAAAUGCACCCUUAACCACAAAACUGUACUACUCCCCCCCCCCCUCCCCUCUAGUGUUGAAUGGAGCUCUGAAAUACCUUCAUUGCCCCCAGCCUCUAAAGAAAUCCCUACUCUCCCUGUCUUUUGAUGCCUGCCCCCACCUCUAAAGACAUGCCUUUGUGCCUUAUGCAGAACUGUAUGCGCUGCACAUUCUUUCUAGUUCUAUAGGAGGAUUUUUGUAACCCGGUCCUGAUGAGCCCACGGAAUUCAGCUUAAAUAAACCUCAAGAUCAGAGUCCAACCAAAUCUCAGACACACCAGCCUGCAGAAGGCCACUGAACUCUCCCCCUCGCACACACACACACACACGCACACACACAAAUCGACACACAAUUUCACUCUCAUGCAAACCCUCCACUUGUCUCUGUCUUAUUCCCCAUGCUCUUUCUGCUUUCUGGAAAUUGUUCAUAAUCAUACCAACUUAUUUUUUGCUUAUGUCGCAACAAAUAAUGACGUUUAUUUUUUCCCUUUUUUUUCUUUCUUUCUUUUUUUUGUUGUUGCAGAAAUUGUACUAAUAGGACUGAAGUGUUCCCUUUUGCGAUUGAUGGCCAAUUAUCUCCCUGCUGUAGACAGCAGCAUGUGGGGUUGGCAGGUUGACAGUUAUGAUUUCAGAGUCAUUUUGUUCACUUUCAUUUGGUAAUAGUUAUAGUGGAUGACUAAUCAAAUUCAUAUAUGAGUGGAAUUUCUCAGCAACUGUUGCAAAGUUUCUUGAAAAACCUGACUAAAAUGUUUAAUAAAUUCUGCCACAAAGCA